GCAUAGCGUCAUUUGCAUGGUUUAUAAAUCAUUGAAAUCAAGAAUUCUGGACAAUUUUACUGCAAACACAGGUUCAUAGAGACGAGAAAAAAAUGUCUUUGCUUUGCGAUCACAUUGUGUUAAUAUUAUUUUGUUUUACAUCGAUCGAAGCAUUCUUUUUUAGAGAUGAUGUCGAUUGUCUUAUGACUGCUUGGUCGCAGUGGAGUGAACAGAAUAGCUCGGGUGAACAGACAAGAUCAAGGCGAAUUAUGCGUCAUCCAUCUGGAAGAGGACGGCCUUGUGAGGAGCUUACCGAGAUUAGAGUAUAUGGAGUUGACUGUGAGGUAUCAGAAUGGACACAAUGGAGUGAAAAUUUUGGAUUUGGCCAACAGAUUAGGACAAGAACUAUUACACAGCCUUCGAUAGGAGCCGGAGAUAUUUGUCCAGAGCUAGAAGAGAUACGUUACACAGAUAAUGUACCUAGCGUUAAUGUGACAGCAAAACAUGUUAAAAGCUACUUUGUACGACCAAAUGGAAAUUAUAAUGGGGACAAUCAAAAUGUACAAGGUAUGCCAAGAGAUCUUCUCAUCAUUAUGGAUAGCUCAGGAAGUAUUCGUAGUAGUCGAUAUGAAGAUGCAAAGAUCCAAACAAGCAAACUAAUUGGUCUGUUAUGUCCAACUGACGUGCCAUUUGACAAGGUUGCCGGACAACCCUAUCAGUACAAUCAGGCUGCCAUGCUCACAUAUUCAGACAUUGUUGAAGAGACCUUUGACUUCAAGCGCUACAAUACAACCGCCGACAUACAGAAUGCAAUCUCCAGAGCUACAUACUUCGAUAUGAGUACUAAUACAGCAGAAGCUUUCAGGAGAGCAAUUGGGCUCUUCACAAAUGCCAAAGGUGCAAGGGAUCCUGCUCGGGCAAAACGUGAAGUACUGAUUCUGACAGAUGGCCGGUCGAACAAUGCUCACGAUUCACUUGCUGCAGCUGAAUCUCUAAAACAAGUAGCUGACGUGUACGGGCUAAUUACUGGGAGUUUUUCAUUACACGGGAAGGAAGAAAUUACAAGAUACGUUUCUCAACCACCUAAUAGGCACUUAUUUUAUGUAGAGAAUUACGCAAUUCUGAGAACAUUGGUGGCGUACAUUGAACGAGAAAAGACACGUGCUAGGCCAGACUGGUGUGCGCCGUUUGAUGCAAUGGUAUGAGUUGAAUGUCAAUGUUUUGUUUUCAUCAAAUAUACGCUAUGUGUUUAAAUCGUUUGCUUUCAAACGUGCUUCUUAUAUGACUUGAUAAAUGGAAAGGAUGUAACCAAAAAAAAAUUAUGGCUUCAAAACAGAUGCAGUUGUGUUUCGCUUUUUGGAAAAGACAAUGAAAUAGCGAAUUAUUUGUUUCAUAUUAAUCAAUAUCAAUUUAAUUUACUUAAGUUUUGACUGUUUAAAUAGUAUAUGAUAGUUUCGUUUUAAAGAACUUGUUUUGCUUAUAAUAAGCUGUUAAGACUUUCGGUGCAAAAGAAGAUUAAAUGUUUGGCAAGAUAUGUUUAAGGCGACACUGCUGUCAUACACAUUUUCAGCUAGAUCUAUUUUGUUUUCGAAAUGUAAAUGUUUCAAUAAUGUUUCAUGCCAAUAUUUGAAACUUGUGUUUAGAAGCAUGAUUUUUGUAACACAUUACAAAACUGCUGAUAUUGUUAUUGUGAAUUUGAUGUAAUACAUUAUUCCUUUAUCAUUGAACCGCUGGUAGGCGAAUGUUCCUCGACCUUUUUUCACUCCAAUGACGAUGAAAAUAGAAGGAGCUGCAUCUUCAUUUUGCUGCCUGAAAUUUAAAAACGGCAAAAUGAAAAGUAUAGAAGUUUCGCAAAAGGCACAUUCUAGACAUUUUUGUCAUAUCUUAAUUGAGAAAAUGCAGCAGUUGAAAACAAUUCUCAUUCGUAAAAGUUUGAUGAAAGAUUAAUACUGGUUAAAAUGUUAGAAAUUUUGAUAACAAGCAAACAAGAUACAGCCCUUGAAAAAUUAUCUACGUAACUAACCAGCUACUGUUCUGGUCACUGUGACGUCAUCGUUCAUUUCUUCAUGCAUGUUUUACAUAGAGAUUGGUUCGAAAAAUGUAAUUUUCUGCAUAUAUACAAAGUAGUAAAGUUUUGAUAGAAACUGUAA